GCCCGCUGACAGUUGUGAGGACUCAUUUCAUCAUGACCUCUUUUGAAGAGGCUGAAACUGAAGAAACAGUAACAUGUCUCCACAUGACCUUUUACCAUCCUUGCCAAGAAGACAAGAUGAUGUUUCGUUGCUUGAACUUCUGUAAGCGAGAACAGGUCAGGGCAGAUGAAAUGGCCAAGUUUGGCCGUGAUUCUAGUGUCUGCCAUUAUAACUUAAUGGAUACUCGUGUUUCUCGGAUUCAGUUUUCAUUGCAGUUUUACAGAAAACUGAACAGCUCAGAAUUUUGUUUUGAGAUCAAGAACAUGAGCAAGAAAACAAAACUGACUGUGGACCAAACAGAACUGGGUUACUUAAACAAAAUUGACCUGCCAUGGAAGUGCAUCAUUUGUUUCGGGGACUACCAGAUUUUAGCAGAGGUUCAAGAAGGGGAGUCCGUGGAUUAUUUUGAGACUCACUUACACUUGGCUGAAGUGCCAAUCUUACAAGAAAGAUGGCUGCCAUCACUGCAACCUAUACCAGAGAACGGCAUUUCUUCUUCCUUGUUUCCUUCCCAAGGCAAAAGCCCCAUAGAGAUUGAUGAAAAUGAGUCAUGCUAGCAGGGAGAAGGAGGCUGGAUCAGGUUUUGAUCAUCUGAAAUGUGCACAACUUCUGAAAUUGAAGGCUGUCAUCUCAGUCCACUGUUCUUGGUGGUUCUCACCACUGCACAUCCGUCUUCUUACUUGUUGUUUUCAGCAUAGGUAUACCAGAAGACACUUUGUUCAAGAGAAACAGAUUCCUGCCACUGUCUUCACCAGGGCAUAUGCGCUCUCUGAUCACCACUGUUGUGCCACAUAAACAUGUGGGAGACAUAGAGGGCCACUCGAAUCCAUUGCAGCAGAUUCAAUUCAAGAACUGUGACCACAUGCCUUGAAGGUAUAUUUAACAGGCAUUAAUAUAGAGCACGCAGAACAGUGUUUUAGCCCCAGCACUGGUUAGCUAAAUAGGGACAUAAUGUCUCACUGCAUUUGUUAUACUUUGUGCUUUGUUUUUCAUAUGAAACUCCAAACAGUAUUUUCAAGCCUAGAUUGUAACUUCCCAGCUUUUGCCACUUAGAAACACUUUGUCAGCAUAGUCCUUUAAAGUUAAUGUUUUUAUUAACUUUGCAGCGAGAUUUUUCUUCUAUUUUUAGAAUGAAUUAAAAUGUGUAUUUUUUGCAAGUUACCUACUUUUGCUUGUGAAUGUAAAUAAACAUGCAGUGUCAGUGAUCAUGGUACGUAAAAAUCCAGAUAAAUUUUGUAAUAAAAGCAUUUGGUUGCCUAGUAAGGAUUUGCUGUCUUGUACAACUACAAUCUA